UCUAAUCCUAUUGGUGGAAACAGCAUCUAUCAUUAGAAAGGUUAAACAGAGUUAGAUUUGUUUAUAUUGUUUGCACAGUCCAUUAAGCGCCGUUUCCUAAAGUAGAUACCUCACUUUUACCACCCAGUUUGCAAUCAAAACUUUUUCACCAGCCUAAAGUGUCAAGGUUGAGGAAAAAAAAACAUAAUCAGAAGAAAUAUCAAAGAUUAGUACUGAAAUAUUUUAGAACAUAAGAUAAUUCUGGACGUGUCAUCAUUAUCGAUUAGUAUUGAAAGACUAUUUACGUGUUGAGAUACAGUCAUAGUUAAACAAUAGGAUUUACUAAGUUUACUGAAUAAGUAGAUUUGUUAGUACUUUGACUAGUUAUUAGAAAAGUAUAAACUGUUAUGAUGAAAGCGGACGUAAGAAGGUGUCGUCGUUGUAAAAGAAAGAGAUUAGAGGAUGAACCUCCUGAAGUAAGACAAUAUAAAACUUGUGCCAAAUGUCGUAUAAUAGAGAGAAAUAAGAAGAAUCUGAGGAAACCUUUGGCAGAAGAGACCAUGUUAUAUGGGUUAAAGCAAUUUAGAGAACAAGCUUCAAGUGAUAAUUAUUUAGAAGAAGAAGGUUUAUUAAAGGAUGAAUUUUUCAAGAGAUUUCAUAACAAGCCCUUUAAUUAUGAGGCUGAAUUACAAGAAGUAAUGAGUAACCCGAACUAUGUGAGUCCAGUUGUUAACACGAGUCAUAAUAAUCCUCAUCUUCAUCGUGAAAGUCAACAACGAUACACGUUUAAAUCCGUUCAUUCAUCUCCUAUUCCAGGAGUUGGAUCAGCCAAUAAUGGUGCUGUAGUAUCAAAAUUCCAAACAUACCAGCAGCCAAAGCUGCUCAAGCCCAGUGGAUUGAAUCCAAUUUUGAAACCACCAAAAUCUCAAACAACACAAUCACAACAACUACAAGCUCAACAACAAUAUCAAUCACAGGUUUAUGCUCAACAAAACAGUUAUGAGGAGCCUGAAGAAGAUAUCUUUCAAGAAGUUUUCAAGUUGGGAAAUAAAGAAGAACUUUCUGAGAAUGAAAUAUAUAGCAUUACAGAAAAUGAUCCAUACCAAUUUGAAAAUGUUACUGGAGAUUUUCAAAAGUUUUUACUUAAAAUUUUACACAAAAGACAGAAUGGAGAAGACUUAAAUAACUUAGUGUUUUUGAAAGAGUAUAAUUUAGAAUUCACUGAAAAUUUAGGAAGAUAUGAUCCAAAUGGUAAUGGUCCAAGAGCUGGGAAUGUCAGAUAUGGUGAGAAGCAAUUAAGAACGCAUUUGCUUGUGAACUUAAAGAGUCUGUAUGUUGAUCCAAUUAUUGCUACUAUUAAUUUACCAUAUAAUCAAGAUGCUAGUAAUUUAAAUGAUUUCAGAACUUCUGCAUCAAUAAAAGGAAUUUAUAAUUUCACACCUCCAACAGUAACUUCUGUUGGAUAUUCAAAGGAGUAUCUGAAGAUUAAACAAUCAAACAUCCAACUAGCUUUCAAUUUAAGACAUAAUUUAUUAAUUAUCAAAGUGAAUCAUUUCGUAUUCAAACCUUCGCAACAAAUAUAUUCAUCGGAAUUGAAAGAAAAGGUAAGAUCAUUAUUUAAAAAGUUAGAGUAUCAAAACUCUAUUCAAUUGAAUGGAGUUAAGUCUCUUGAAUACAAUUCUCUUACUGGAUCCUUAAUUUUUGAUAAGUUAUUGUCCAUGUUGGACAACUAUCCCGAUAGUUUAGUUAAAGAGGUCAAAGACUUAAAAAGGGAAGAUUUCAUAGCAGAUUUUGUAAAUUUCGAUACUGUGUUCAAACUAAGUGAAGAAGAGAGUCUCAAGAUUGGUGAAUCUAAAGUAGAUGAUAGUGUAAUUCAUCCAGAUGAAGUUGAACAUCUUGCAGUCAAUGGAGUUCAUGGUCAUGCAGAAGAGAUUCCCGAUCACGAAGUCGAUGAGGGUGAUGAGGAAGAAGAAGAAGAUGAAGAAGACGAAGAUGAGGACGAAGAUGAAGAAGAUGAAGAUGAAGAUGUGGAUAUUGAUGCUGGAGAAUUACCUAGCGAAGAUGAGUUGGAAGAUGAUAUAAUCCAUGCCGCUGUGCCAUCUGGUUAUCCGCUCAAGGGCGUACCUAUCCAACAUCCAUUAGAGCCUAUCACUAAGGAAUCAUCGGCCGAGAUAGUUGACCCUGUCUUCAAGCCCGAAUAAACAGCCUAUAUGUAAACUAUACACUUUUAUACUGUAACAAUAUAUAAACUUCUAUAUAAUCUAUAUACUAGUAAUCCACUAUUAAUUCACUAGUAAUAAACUAGUCAUACACUUUCUCUCCCCUAUUAAUCUCACCACCCCCACAUCAAUAGAUGAUAAUGAUCAACUGCUCCUUUUUUUCUCUCAAUGUUGAAGAGCGCGUCAUAGUACUUGCAUGUGUGCAGGACUCAUGGAUCAAACCAUUUCCGAGAAUUUUUUGGCUCCUUCACCUUAAGCUUUUGGCUUGUUGAUUAGUUUUAUAUUUAGU